AUGUUCAUAUUCAUUGACAAUGUGCCUUCCACUGCAGUAUACCCUGAGAUCACCGCCAUUCAUGAGCACACUGCUGCUUUCCUUCCUGCUGCCCAAGCAAUGGCUGAUGAAUGUUUUCUCCAUCGUUAUUUGGGGGUAUAUUAUAACAUCCCAGCAUGUAGCAAGCAACCCCCUUGGAACCCACCUUUCUAUUGUGUCACCCGCGGCCGUGUAGUAGGUGUUUUACCCAGCUGGGAGCACGCUCUAAAUGCUGUUCUUGGCGUCCCUGAUUUCAAGUACAAGGAAGUUGACACUAUCGCCGUUGGUGAGGAAAAGGUUAGGCAGGCAAUUGAGAAAGGCGAAAUUGAAAUUGUAUAA